CAACGCUAUCUCCCUCGCACCAUGGCGGAAGAUUUCAAGAAGGUUUUAACCGACUCCUUGAAGGAUGUUGAAAGAAAAAUUCUGGCCGCGCACCAGAAGCAGGUCCCGGUGGAGCUGGGUCCUGGUGCCUUGCGGACGCCCCCAAGGGCCUUACCCGUGCCAGACCCUGGCAUCCUGCCGCGGGCGGAAGAGAGCGGGCGAAGUGAAGAUGCUUUGCAAGGCGUUGAGGAUGAGGUAACACCACACUCUCCAAGGCAUUUUCAGCUGUGGAGCACCUACGCCAAGAGUCAAAGUUUCGCCAUGUGUUUGAAAGAAGAAGACGGCGAAGAUGAUGAUCUCUUGAGCAGCGAAGGUGGUAGCGACGACUUCGCCAAGGAGUUGGAGCAGGAGAGGAAGCUGAUAGCUCAAACGCGAUCUUCGCGGUGGGUUUUGAGUCCCAACUCGCCAAAACGCAUCGGAUGGGAUCUGGCGGGAGUUGCGAUACUUCUGUACGACCUCAUCAUGAUUCCUAUGUACACGGCAUUUCCAUUGGCGCCGAAUCUUUUCCUUGACAUGAUGACAGGCAUAACGUUGGGUUUUUGGACCUUGGAUAUUCUGGCUUGCUUUUGCGUGGGCUACUAUGCUCGCGACGGAACGCUGGUAGUGAGUUUGCGAAAGAUCGCUAAGCAGUAUAUAUUGAGCUGGUUUCCCUUGGACGUGGUCAUUGUCAGCAUUGAUUGGGUCAUCGUGCUGGCCCUCAUUUCAGAGGAAGAGGGCAAGAGUGCCGGGCUGAUGCGUGCGGGCAAGAUGCUUCGCGCCUUGCGCGUUCUGCGCACGCUGCGGUUGUUGCGCUUGGCCAAACUUCGGCAGCUACUGAAUAAGCUUCAGGAUCAGGUGGACUCGGAACAUAUCUCAGUGCUUCUUGACAUCGUCAAGCUCUUGAUUCUGAUUAUAUUUAUCAAUCAUUUCAUUGCCUGUGCAUGGUAUCUGGUGGGAUGUAACCCACCUGACAGAUCGACAUCUUGGCUGCAGGUCGAGUUUGACACCGUGAACUGUGAAGAUGCGACGGACCAACUUCUGCUCUACAAGUAUACCACCAGUAUGCACUGGUCCCUGACCCAGUUCACACCUGCCUCUAUGAGCGUUCAACCCACCAAUACCCUGGAAAGAAGUUUCGCCAUCGGCGUGUUGCUCUUCGCUUUGUUGGUGUUCUCCUCUUUCGUGGCCAGCUUGACGGGGGCCACGACCAGCUUGCGGAAGAUGACGGGGCGAUACUCCUCCCAGCUCUGGUUGCUGCGGAAAUUCUUGCGGCAACGGGGCAUCACGCUGGACUUGCAGAUCCGAAUCAAUCGAUACAUCAAUGUGGUUCUCACCACCACAGAGAAAAGUGUCCAGUAUUCGGACGUGCAUUUGUUCAGCAUGCUCUCGGGUCCCCUGCAUAAUGAGCUGAGAACUGAGCUGAAUAAGCCUCGUUUGAUGGUCCAUCCCUUUUUCGUGCAUAUGAUGGAUCGAUUCGAAUCCCUAAUGCGGAAGGUGUGCUUCAAAGUUCCGAAUCAAAUUUUGCUUUCUCGAGCUGACAUCCUUUUCUCUGCUGGGGAGGAAGGCAAAAGCAUGUAUAUCUUGCACACUGGUAGUUUGGACUACUUGCAGCACGAGACCAGGGAGCUUGAGAACGUCGCAGCCAAUGAGUGGUUUUGCGAGGUGGUGCUAUGGACUCCGUGGGUCAACCAGGGACGAUUGAGGGCCAGGACUGAGAGCGAGCUGAUUGAACUUCAAAGUGAGAAGUUCCGGGAGGUGGUUUCCGAGUAUCCGAAGCACUUGUCCUUCAUGAGGAUGUACGGACUCCAGUUCCUGGCCCAGCUCCAUGAACUCUACUUGGAGAAAGAUCAUCACCUGACUGACUUGGACAUGAAGAUCUCUGUCAGCGCGAGGAUGACAGAUUUGCUCCACGUCGAAUUGGCCGGAGAUACGGAUGACCUCCAGACUGUCACCAGUAACGUCUCCUCUUUCAUCCCCUGGCAAUCUAACAAGAGUCCGCAGAAUGGACACUUGACACAGGUGCCAAGAUAUGUGAGGGCCAAAUCAAGAUUGAAGCUGACCACGAGCGAAAGUGGAAUCCUGGACGAGCACUCCCCCCCCAAGGACUUUGACCAGGAGAGCUUUGACAUAUAAGCGUCGAAAAAGAAGGUGAGUUCCCAUGCCAUGGAGCCCGUGGUGAGACAUGGAUGGAUUAGAUGGGGGGGGCAGGGCGC